GCUAAAUUAUUUUCUACUCUUUGCAGGCGGGUUCCGCAUUCCUGAAAAUGGGGAAGUCUACAUAUGUUUAGAAAAAAGCUGGAAUAGAAACAUUUUGAAUACAUAUAAACCAAGGCCGAUUUUGGUUUGAGCAAUUAUCGGGUGUCCUCUUUGAGAAAACUUGCAGCCUCAAUAUGUUCCCUGCUGCCGCUUCUUCCCCCGCCAAUCCCUCUUUUCCAUUCACUCAUCUCAAAAUACAUGACGUUUACUUAAGCUUUUGUGACCCUGACAUCAUCUGCCAAAGGUUUGCUACCAGACUGUGCUCUGCUCUUGUUGAAGCAGGCAUUUUCACCCGGUUACAAAGAAAAUUUACAGAUGACGGCCCUUCUUAUCAACGCAUCCGAGAAAGUAGGAUCUGCAUUCCCAUUUUGUCCCCAAAAUUUAUCCAGUCACAGUCGUUUUUGAAUGAAGUGUGUUUUAUGGUUAAUUCCAGGGUCAAAAUUUUUCCUCUGUUUUAUCAUGUUUUGCCUUCAGACGUUCGCCACCCGGAGAGAAUUCCAUCUGCACAAGAUUUCGUGCAACAUCGAAACAGCGAGAUAAUCGGAGCAUUAGAGAAUGUUCCCGAUAUCUGUGGAUGGUCUCAGAAUCAAUAUUCUUCGGACAGCAAUUUGAUUGAAGAUGUAGUGACGGUGGUGGUGAAAUUCUUAGAGUCAGCUAAGGUUCAUUUGGAUACUCCGAAAUGCUUUGGUUUAGACUGGCGCGUGGAGCAUGUCAGGAGAUUACUGAACGUAGCAGAUCAUCAGAAGAAGAUUGUGAAAGUGGGUAUACAUGGCAUGGGAGGGAUGGGUAAAACCACCCUGGCAAAGGUUGUUUGCAAACAAGUCUUCUGCAGUCAGUUUGAAGUGCAUUGUUUUGUUCUGGGUGUUGGAGAAAGAUGUCAACUGGAAAACGGGCUCGUCAAGCUGCAAAACCGUAUGCUCAAAGAUGUUUCCCAAGUCAGAGUCGAAGUAGAUCAUAUUGAUCGAGGUAAAUAUCUGCUACAAGAGUGUCUCAGGGGUAAGAGAGUUCUCCUCCUCCUUGAUGACAUUCAAAGUGUCGAGCAGCUGGAAGCUCUUGGGGGAUAUUUCACUGACUUCGGGGCAGGCAGUCGUUUGCUCAUUACAUCUCAGAAUCAACAAAUUCUAAGAGUGGCGAACGUUGAUGAAAUGUACGAGGUAAGGAGUCUUCCUCAAGAACAUGCCAUGGAGUUAUUCAAAUUCCACGCGUUCCCUAAUUCCAGCUGUACAGAUCCAGAGCUACUAACCCUAAGCAUCAAUAUUGUUAAUGCUUGUGAUGGCCAUCCUCUUGCACUCCACCUUCUUGGAAAAACCCUUGUUGGUGAAGACGAUAGAGAUGUGUGGAAAGACAUGGCAGACAAGUUAAGGGAUGAGCCUUGUAUGCAAAAGAAACUCAGAGCCUCCUACGAUACCCUUGACCCCAAUGAAAAGGAGAUGUUUCUAGAUGUUGCUUGUCUUUUUACAGGGCAGGACAAGGACAUUGCUAUGAUCUUUUGGGCAGAACUGAAUCGGAGUGUUCAUGCUUCUCUCAGACAUCUCUUGCAAAAGUCUUUGGUCAACUUGGGUUCUAGUAACGACUUACUGAUGCAUCGGUGCCUCCAAGAUUUGGGAACUACUGUAGCAAAUGAAAUAUCUACAGAUCCCCAUAAACGCACAAGACUAUUCGAUGAGGACGAUGUGCACCAUAUGUUACGCCGACACUGGGAAAAGGCCAAGAAAGUUCGUUAUCUUCGCUACGAGCCCAAGGAAAGGAAGACAGUGAAGGCGGACAUGUUCAUGCCGCUGUACAACUUGAGGCUGCUUUGGCUUGCAAAUGUUGAGAUUAAGGGACACUUUCCUCAGGCACGCUACUUUGACGAAUUGAGAUGGCUAAGAUUGACAAGAUGUUCAUUAACAUGGCUACCUCCGGGACUGAACCUGAACAAGCUUGUUAUUCUGGAGGUGACCGAUAGUCAGAUAACUCAUCUCUGGGACGAAAAAACAGAAGAAUAUUCAAACAUAUGGCCGGAGAAACUUAACGUGCUUAUUUUGAGAGAAUGCGGGUCCCUGGAAACACUUCCUGCUACAAUAAUCUAUACCCAGUUGCAGAUUCUGGACUUGCACAAUUGCCAUUCACUGAAAAGCCUGCCCAAUAAUUUGGGAAGCUUCCACAGCUUAGUUUCUCUCAACAUGAAAGGCUGUGAUACUGUUUCUUGUUUGCCUGAGGAUUUCGGUAUGCUUUCAAGUCUGCAAGAAUUGGAUCUAUCUUGGUGUAAGAAUUUACGCAACCUUCCUGCUAGUUUUGGCAAUUUGACUCGGUUGGAAAAACUAGAAAUCCACCACAAUUCAAAUCUUAGAGAGCUACCGGUCACCAUUGGUCGGCUAGAAAGUUUGGCGUAUCUGGAUGCCGGCUACUGCCAACUGUGUGAAAAUGGACUCCCAGCCGGACUAUUCGAAUUGUCUUCGUUAAGAAUCAUCCAUUUUGAGCAUAAUAGAUUUCGCAGCCUUCCCGGCAGCUUCCAAAACUUGAGUGGACUAUGGGAACUGCAUUUGGACGGGUGCAGCGAGCUUUCGGAAUUGAGAGCGGUCCCACCAUCACUGGAGAUGCUGUAUGCGCGUGACUGUAUGCAAUUGCAGAGCUUAUGCUGCUUGUCUGGACUGAAAAGUCUGUGUAGAUUAGACGUAAGCAGGUCAUGUCAUUUGAGGGCUCUGCCUGGAUUGGAAUCUUUGCAAGGAUUGACAACAUUGAAAUUGGUGGGAUGUAAAAAUAUUUCCAGCGCAACACUUGGUAGCUGCUUGGCUGGUCUCAAGUCCUUGGAGAGUAUCUUCAUUGCGGGCCCCGGAGUCACCUCAAAGCAAUUACUUUCCUUCUACGAGACCAUCAAGGGCAUCUCUUUCGAGAGUCAAUGUCUGAUGCCUAGAAGAGCCAAGUCGUACAAUUGGCUGCAGGCCGAGCCACCAUCAACAUGUAUUUGGCAGGGCAUCUCUUUCGAGAGUCAAUGUCUGAUGCCUAGAAGAGCCAAGUCGUACAAUUGGCUGCAGGCCGAGCCGAAUGGGCAGAACCGGGAUGAAAAUAAUUAUUUUGAAUACUGUGCUGCUGAGAGUGAGAUUAGCUACUGUGCGGGAUAUAUUGUUUGUUUUCUUUCGCUUGGCCAAGUCUUUGACUGCGAAGGCAGGAACAGGCUGCGCUACAGCAUUGAAAGGAAUCAGAAUUUACGUGCAUGUGAAAUGAUCCACCCGGACAUAGAUUGUGGAAGGGAAGAUGUGCUGGAAGUACGUGUUGUGAGAGUGGAGGGCGAUUUUGACUUCAAUUGGCUGGGGAUGGGAGACAAACUGAAAGUGAGUGCGGGCUCUGAUCAUGAGGAUUGGAAGGCGUGCUUCAAAUUUUUGAUGUAUGAUCCUGAUCCUCUCGAUGUAAUUUAUCCGUGUGUAGAAAAAAACCCUCCUCAUACAAUAACCUUUGGCCAGUCUUAAACGACACACAUUAAACAACAUAUUCAGAGAAUAUUAGUCAAUUCUGAGUGUUUAUCUCUUUUAAGUCUAGAAAUGUAUUCUUAGUGUGACCAUAUACAUUAAGCAGCAUAUUAAGUCUAGAAAAUGUCUGUCAACUCUGAGUGUUUAACACUUUUAAAUCUAGGAGUGUAAGCUUAGUGUGUGUGGUUUAAGCCUUUCCUAAACGUUGGCCAGCAGUGUGUAAAACUAUACAAGGAUAUAUCUUUGUUCCAAGGCAAGUCUUACUAUGCAGCCUUCCAUUGAAAUUGAAUGUUUUAACUUUUAAUUAUAACUUCAGCUGGGUUUAGUGCCGGAGAGAAUUUA